UGCUCACGUUCAGACCGCCGGCGUCCGAGCGAGGGACUCAAACCCACGAUACACGCACAACCAGAGAUACAACUUUGAAAGUUAAGGGUAAUUAGAUAAAGAAGAGAGAAUGGGAUUGCCAGAUGCUUCCGGAGAUUUGUCAUCGGAAGUGGAGGUUCAUGCUUUCAGACGCCUCUUCCCUCUUCGUUUUUAUGAGCGUCAUCUCUCUGAAUCUAUCCGGCCUGAUGGUAGGCCACUUGGAAGAGCUAGAGAUACAACAAUAGCCCUUGGGGCUGUUGCAUCUGCUGAUGGGUCAGCAUUGGCAAAGAUUGGUUCAACUACAAUGUUGGCUGCUAUUAAAAUGGAAGUCAUGACUCCUUCCAUGGAGUCACCAGAUGAGGGCUGCUUAGCUAUUGAUUUCCACAUGCCUCCAAUUUGUUCUCCAAUUGUUAGGCCUGGCAGGCCAGCUGAGGCAGCACCAGUAGUGUCAAAACAAUUAUCUGACACUAUUUCAAGCUCUGUCAUGGCUGAUUUGAAAGAGUUAUCCUUGGUCAGUGGAAAAGCUGCUUGGAUGGCAUACUUGGACAUAUACUGUUUGGAUGCUGAUGGUGCUCUCUUUGAUGCUGCUUUACUUUCAGCUGUUGCUGCCUUGUCUCAUUUACAAAUCCCUGCUGUUUCCCUAAAUGAGGAUGGUAGAGUUGUUGUUGUGUCUGAGGAAGAUGAAGGAAAGCCGGAAAAGGAGCCUGUUAAUAGAGAGAAGAGGAAGCUCACGCUGAAAAGCAUUCCUUUCUCACUGACAUGCAUACUUCACAAGAACUAUAUCUUGGCAGACCCUACUGCAGAGGAAGAGUCCAUCAUGGAAACUCUUGUUACUGUGGUUUUGGAUUCAUCAAGUCAACUCAUUUCUCUUUAUAAGCCAGGCGGACCAGUUCUUGCUAAUACAUCUGCUAUUCAGGAUUCCAUUGCACUGACAAGGCAAAGAGUGAGGGAACUACAGAAGAUUUUAGAUGAAGCUAAUUCUGGUAUGGAGGUUGACUAGCUUUGAUAUUUAUUUUUUGAGGGGAAUAUCAUAUUGAUUAGUGCAGUUGGUGAGUAAUUAUGUUUUGCAUCUCUAUUUGUUUAUUCCUGGUUUCUGUAGUGACAUUGUUUACUCUAUAAAAAGGGUUCUGAAGAGUAGCGUCGAUAAUCAAUCUUGGUUGGAUAUGUGGUAGAUUUGUUCUUUGCAACUUCAGAGAAAUUGAGUAGCAUCUUUUUAUUCUUAAGGUUAAAUAAAGCACGACUUUGAUAAGAAGUCCAUCUAUCUCUUGGUAUAUCUUUACGACUCCACCAAGUUAAUUGUUGUUGACUUCCUUUGUAGUGUAAACAACUUCACUAAGGACAUCAUAUCUUUUUUUUUUUUUUUUUUGUUAAAAACUUAAGAAUUUUUUUUUCUUCUUUUUAUAUAUAUCUCUUGCCAUUAAAGUUUGAAGAAGUUGUACAACAAUACAUUGUUCUAGAUGGAGCUGAGUGGUGGAAAAUGCUUCUUGUUAUGAGUGGCUGGAAUAAAGGCUUUGAGGUUUACUUUUUACUUUUCACUUCAUUAGUAUAUAUG